AGUAUUACAAGUUUGUAAAUGUCUAGAAAGGGUAUUAACUCUUCUUCCUCCUCAUCAUCUAAGCAUUGGUUGAAUGCGAAUGAUUUAGCUGGAUUUGUUAAUUAUACACCACAACAACAUCAACAACAACGAGGACAUACUUACUAUAAUAGUGGUAGUGGUUAUUAUUAUUACCAACAACAACAAGAAGAAGAACAUCAUCAUCAUCAACAAGCGUAUCAUUAUUAUUAUCAAGAAUCAUCAGAAGGGCGAUAUUAUAGACAUAGGAUGGUUGGUAAAUUCUCUCAUACAUACAGGUUAUUAGUUAAAUACAACAACAACAACAACAAGAAUGAUUAUGAUUAUGAUGGUGGUGGUGGUGGUUUGAUAACAACAAUACAGGAUGAUAAUAAUAAUAUAAAGAAUAAAUUAAUAGAUACUGAUUAUCUAAUACCAUGGAAAUAUGUUGUUGGUGUUGAUAUAACAGUAUGGUAUGAUGAUACCACACCAUCCUCAACAACAUCAUCAUCAUCAUUACCAAUAUGUCCGAUAUGCCUCUGUAUUGCUGAAGUACCUCGGAUACCAGAAUGUGGUCAUGUUAUGUGUUUAUCAUGUGCAUUACGAUAUCUACAGCAAUAUAGUCAAUGUUGUGUAUGUAAUGUUGGUAUAACAUUAAAAGAGCUUAAACCAGUAAGGAUUGAGAUACUUAAUAAUACUACAAAACCUAAGAAUGGCGAUAUUAUUACACUCAAUUUAUGUGAAGUGGUUGAUGGUAUAUGCCGACCAUUUGAUGCUAAUACAUU